GGGCCGGGCAGGGGCAGGACCUCCGGGGGCUUGGCUGCGCGGGGAUGUUUCUUCCGCCACCUCGGGCUGUGGAACGCCCCAGGUACCUCCCCCGGCGUCUUUCCCUGCCUACCUCUGGCGCUCGCUCUGCGGUCCUUCCCUCUGCCUGUCCAGCCUCCCGCUCUUCUGUUCAUUUCGCUGUGCUCACUGCUGUCCGUCCGUCACCCUAGUUGCUUCUGACCGCUCAUUCUCUCAUUCAUUUUCCCGUCUCUGACUUUGGCUUUCCCACCCGAGCAUGCUGUCUAGUUAUCUCCCUGCUUUUUCUGGUCCGCUGGGUUCCUCAGCUUCCAGUUCCUCGACUUCUGUCUCUCUCCCCGCUCUCAGUAAGCACAUUUCUCCGCUCACUUGGGUCGGUUCACUGCUGGCACCGCUCAGUCGACCCCCGUCCCGCGGUGUGAUUGAUCCCUCUUGCGAACGUCGUUCUCAUCCAGGUUCUAGGUACAACAAGGACCCCUGGGGCGUCUCCUCUCCCUCUUCUUCACAUGGCUUCCAUUUCUUUGGCACAGCUUUCCCCGAACCACCCCCCUCCUCCCGCCCCCCUUGCUAUGCCCCAUCCUUCCUACGAGACAGUUUCGUGCUUGGGGAAAUUGAUUUCCUCCAACUCUUGGCUCGGUAGGCCGAGUACCAGGUCCACUUCAAUAUCCUCUUCCAGCUCCUUGCCAAAGGUCUGCUCCAACCCAACCACACACGCCCAAAUGCUGUCUUUCAGGAUGACCGUGGUUUAGUUACUUUGGGGACCUCUAUGGGUCAGCUUCUCUUCCAGUUAAAUUCUGAAAAUUUAAAUUCACUGUGCUUCCCAAACUUUUUGUUAUCUUCACUUUGUGUAUUUAAUUUUACAGUCCCAACACUGAUCAUUAAUGAAUAGAUUUAUGUGCCUGGGAUCCAGGAAUCCUGGUUUUGAUGACAGUUUCUCCUGAUUUUAUUAAAAACUUUAAGCUGGUCCCUUUCCACCUCUUUUCUGUUUCUCACUCUGAAAAAUUAAUAAGACUUCCAUUUUGGGGGGAGAUGAGGGAUCGUACGUUUUAUUAGCAUUUUCACCCAUGAAGGGAAUUAAUGUCCCCUCCAGGGUCUCCUCCUGUCUCUGAGUCCAGUGAACUAAGUCCGGUGAUCUAUACAGCUGUGCCGUGCUGCCUCUAACCCUUACCCACUUUUUUUCUUCACAUGCUGAUAAUGAGGAUUCAUGGGUCUCGAGUCGGAGCGCCAGCCUCGGGCUCCCUGGACCUCCAUCAUGGAGACUGAGAGUGAGCAGAGCUCCAACUCCACCAAUGGGAGCUCCGGCUCUGGGGGCAGCUCUCGGCCCCAGAUAGCUCAGAUGUCACUGUACGAACGGCAAGCAGUGCAGGCUCUGCAGGCACUGCAGCGUCAGCCCAACGCGGCUCAGUAUUUCCACCAGUUCAUGCUCCAGCAGCAGCUCAGCAAUGCCCAGCUGCACAGCCUGGCUGCCGUCCAGCAGGCCACGAUUGCUGCCAGUCGGCAGGCCAGCUCCCCAAACACCAGCCCUGCCCAGCAGCAGACCACCACCACCCAGGCCUCCAUCAAUCUGGCCACCACGUCGGCCGCCCAGCUCAUCAGCCGAUCCCAGAGUGUGAGCUCUCCCAGUGCUACCACUUUGACCCAAUCUGUGCUACUGGGGAACACCACCUCCCCACCCCUCAACCAGUCCCAGGCCCAGAUGUAUCUACGGCCACAGCUGGGAAACCUGUUGCAGGUAAACCGGACCCUGGGCCGGAAUGUGCCUCUAGCCUCCCAGCUCAUCCUGAUGCCCAACGGGGCGGUGGCCGCGGUCCAGCAGGAGGCGCCAUCUGCUCAGCCUCCGGGAGUUCACGCAGAUGCCGAUCAGGUGCAGAACUUGGCAGUCAGGAACCAACAGGCCUCAGCCCAAGGACCCCAAAUGCAAGGCUCUGCUCAGAAGGCCAUUCCUCCUGGAGCCUCCCCUGUCUCCAGCCUCUCCCAGGCCUCUAGCCAGGCCCUCGCUGUGGCUCAGGCUUCCUCUGGGGCCUCAGGCCAGUCCCUCAACCUUAGUCAAGCUGGUGGAGGCAGUGGGAACAGCAUCCCAGGGUCCAUGGGUCCAGGUGGCCAGACACCUGGGGGCUUGGGUCAGUUGCCUUCCUCAGGAAUGGGUGGUGGUGGGAGCUGUCCCAGGAAGGGCACAGGAGUGGUGCAGCCCUUGCCUGCAGCCCAGGCAGUGACUGUGAGUCAGGGCAGCCAGACAGAAGCAGAAAGUGCAGCGGCCAAGAAGGCAGAAGCAGAUGGGACUGGUCAGCAGAGCGUGGGCAUGAACCUGACACGGACAGCCACACCUGCUCCCAGCCAGACCCUUAUUAGCUCAGCCACCUACACGCAGAUCCAGCCCCACUCCCUGAUCCAGCAGCAGCAGCAGAUCCACCUGCAGCAGAAGCAGGUGGUGAUCCAGCAGCAGAUCGCCAUCCACCACCAGCAGCAGUUCCCGCACCGCCAGGCGCAGCUGCUGCACACGGCCACCCACCUCCAGCUGGCCCAGCAGCAGCAGCAGCAGCAGCAGCAGCAGCAGCAGCAGCAGCAGGCCGCGCCCCUCCCUGCCCCCCCGCCCCCGCAGGGCCCCCCUGCCCAGCAGGCCCCGCCUUCGCAGUCCCAGCAGCCAGCCCAGACUCUGGUUGUCCAGCCCAUGCUGCAGUCUUCGCCUUUGUCGCUCCCUCCUGACCCAGCCCCCAAGCCCCCCGUCCCCAUCCAGUCCAAGCCACCUGUGGCCCCUGUCAAGCCUCCUCAGCUGGGGGCUGCCAAGAUGUCAGCCACCCAGCAACCUCCGCCCCACAUCCCCGUGCAAGUCGUAGGCACCCGGCAGCCAGGUACAGCCCAGGCCCAGGCUUUGGGGCUGGCCCAGCUGGCAGCCGCCGUGCCUGCUUCCCGGGGGAUGACAGGCACAGUGCAGCCUGGCCAGGCCCACGUGGCCUCUUCGCCACCUUCAUCCCAGGCCCCUGGUGCGCUGCAGGAGGGCCCGCCCGUGUUGGCUUCGGGGAUGACCCUGGCUCCUGUGCAGGGAACGGCACAUGUGGUGAAGGGGGCGGCUACCGCCUCCUCGCCUGUUGUGGCCCAGGUCCCUGCCGCCUUCUACAUGCAGUCUGUGCACCUGCCGGGCAAACCCCAGACAUUGCCUGUCAAACGCAAGGCUGAGUCAGAGGAGGAGAGAGACGAUAUCUCCACGUUGAGUUCAAUGCUUCCUGCGAAGGCGUCUCCGGUAGUAGAGAGCCCGAAGGCCAUGGAGGAGAAGGGCGGUCUUGGAGACAAAGCUGAACCAGUGACCAGUGUGAAUGCUGGUACCCCGAGCAGUGAUGUAGUAGCCUUGGCUCCUGCCCCGUCAGCACCGCCUCCCACGCUGGCCAUGGUGUCCAGACAGAUGGGUGACUCCAAGCCCCCACAGGCCAUUGUGAAGCCCCAGAUUCUCACCCACAUCAUCGAAGGCUUCGUUAUCCAGGAAGGAGCAGAACCUUUUCCGGUGGGUUGUUCUCAGUUACUGAAAGAGUCUGAGAAGCCACUGCAGACUGGCCUCGUGACAGGGCUGAAUGAGAAUCAGUCGGGUGGCCCCUUAGGUGGGGACAGCCCAUCUGCUGAGCUCGAUAAGAAGGCGAACCUCCUGAAGUGCGAGUACUGUGGGAAGUACGCCCCUGCAGAGCAGUUUCGCGGCUCCAAGAGAUUCUGCUCCAUGACUUGCGCAAAGAGGUAUAAUGUGAGCUGUAGCCACCAAUUCCGGCUGAAGAGGAAAAAAAUGAAAGAGUUUCAAGAAGCCAACUAUGCCCGCGUUCGUCGGCGCGGACCCCGCCGCAGCUCCUCCGACAUCGCCCGUGCCAAGAUCCAGGGCAAGCGUCACCGGGGUCAAGAGGACUCUAGCCGGGGUUCAGAUAAUUCCAGUUACGAUGAAGCACUCUCUCCAACAUCUCCUGGGCCUUUAUCCGUGCGAGCAGGGCAUGGAGAACGUGACCUGGGGAACCCCAAUACAGCUCCGCCUACACCAGAAUUACAUGGCAUCAACCCUGUGUUCCUGUCCAGUAAUCCUAGCCGUUGGAGCGUAGAGGAGGUGUAUGAGUUUAUUGCUUCUCUACAAGGCUGCCAAGAGAUUGCAGAGGAGUUUCGUUCCCAGGAGAUUGAUGGACAGGCCCUUUUAUUACUUAAAGAGGAACAUCUUAUGAGUGCCAUGAACAUCAAGCUGGGCCCUGCCCUCAAGAUCUGCGCCAAGAUAAACGUCCUCAAGGAGACCUAAGGUGGCCCUCUUGCACAAACCAGCCUAAGGCAGACACUCCCCACUGUCCAGGUUAUAACCUGGUGCCAGCAGAGACUUCACAGGGAAGACAGAGCUGUUCCAAUUCUGUAUGUCUUCUGUAGAGGGGAUUACUGAGACAGGGAAGACAAGUGCAAGAAUUGGUCGCUGGUGCUACAUGGUGGCAGCUUUGACAUUUCUCUGGGUUCUACUUUAUUUUUUAAAUCUUUACGAUUCUCACCUACCCUAAUCCAAUCUUUAUAAAAGAGGCAGUCUAGAGAACUAGGACUGCUUGGCCUUAUCCCGGAGCGGAGUGUCUAGCCAGGGUCAGAAUUCUCCUAGAGGAGGAAUGUACAGUAUGGUGAGGCAAGGAAAUGGGUGGAAUGUAGGUGUGCCUCAGCAGUGGGGGAGCUAGGGUUUUCUAGCUUGUGUGACACAAGUAGCAAAAUCUGGCACUCCCUCUUCCCUCUGGAUCGUGUGACUGUAGCCGUGGCCCAGAGUUUUGUUGUCACUCCCUUAGUAUUGGAUAUUUUCUCCUGCAUCCACGGCAGGGUCACCAGCCAGGGUAGAGACUGGGUUGGCAUCAUUCUGAUUUGCUGCAGGGACUAAAAGUUUUGGGCACACAUGUGGCUGUUGUCUUUCUUUCCGCAUCCCCCUGCUCCUUUCCAGUUUAUCUGUUGUCUCCUACCCCACCUUUCUUUUCCAUUCCAACUCUGCUCUGUCCUAUAGCUUUAUAAAGCAGGAGCGCGUGGGACUGAGGUCAGGAAUAGAAGUACCUGCCUUAGGCGCUAUACCUUAUACAACAAAAAUAUUAAAUAUUUUUUUUCCUCCUCAGUAAAAGGAUGAAAAUUGGUCUCAGUUGUCUGUUACUCCAUCAUUCCAGUGUAUCUACCCUCUUCUUUCACACAGAUGACUAGGCCAACGUGUUUUUCUUUUUAAUCUUUUAAGUGUUUUUGUACAAAAAAAUGUAUACAUAUAUUUUUUGCAUUUUUAAAACACCAGAGUGUGGGGGAGGGAUGCAAACAAAUAACAAAAAAGAUGCUUUUAUAACAUUAUUUUCCCUGUUUAGAAAGAAGAAAAAAAAUCAUUCCAAUAGUAUUUAAAAGUCCAAAGAUGAAAUCAUUUCAUUUCCUUCUCUAAAGGCUAAAAGAGGCCCCUGCCUAUUGAUUCCAUCCUCCUGUGUCCAGUGGAGCCAUGUUACUCUUCAGUGGCCCAGGCUCACUAUCACACAAAGAUCAGGCCAGGUUUCUGGGCACACGGCCUGAACAGAAAGGUGGAAGCAUCAGAAGAUUAAGACCGUCUCCCCACAGAAGUAAUGUCGUGGGCAAGAAGACACGUCCCUGAGCCAGAAAAAGGGACAAGUGCUGCAGCCGCCGCAGCCAGGGCGGAAGGUGGCAGAGCCCUGGAUGUCCCACUUCUGCCUCCAUUCCCUUUCCAGAAGACUGGGGGCAAAAAAAAAAAAAAAAAAAAGUCAAAA